GGUGAUUCAUUGGCCAUCCAUUCGGUUUUUAACUUUUUUUUAAAAUAUGUGCGGCCCGCUAAUGACUUGCAAGCUUUAAUUUUGGCCCGCGAGCGAUAAAAGGUUGCCGACCCCUGCUUAGGCCUACUAUUUAACAUACUAUUGUAUUAUAAUGCGGCUUAUUGUGGCAUCGGAUGUUCACGAUAGAUUGCUUGCAGUCCAUUUGCAGAUCUAAAUAUUCGUGUGCACACUAGUAAAGACAGUUCGUUUUCAGUUGUUUGACAGGUUUACAUAUUUAUCCCCGGGGAGAGUAAAGUACAAAAGACGGCUUGAUCCUAGGGCUAACCACGACCUCUCGUCCGGUUACCAUCCAUGUCAGGUGUGGGUUAGUUAGCCAGUUACCGUAUUUGCUCGUUUAAUAGCCCGGGCGCUUAUUUUUUUUAAACAAACUCACUAACCUGGCCCUUAUUCAAACCGGCGCUUAUUCAAGCAGGAGCGCUUGUUAUUUUUAAAGUGAAAUUAUACACAAAAAUUACGAUACCGGUAUCUUUGAAGACAAAUAUUUGACGACAUUAAUCCUUUUUCCAUGUCAAACGCAAAUUAUUCACGUCUUAAGAGUAAUUCCUCAUAAUACGCUUCUUAUUUCCUAUUGUUCUCUACCACUGAAAAAUCAGCUUUCACACCGGGCGGCUAUUCAAACGGGCGCUUAAUCAAGACCGGGCGGUUAAACGAGCAUAUACGGUAUUUGUUUUUAGAGGUAUGGACUUGAUGGUGAAGAAAUCCGUAACCGACCAGCGGUAACGUGAAUAGUGUCGAGGAGUACAGCAACCCUCUCGCAUAAAAUUAACCUCCGAAUGUGAUACGGACCUGCAAACCCACGCAGAGGGAUCGAAGGUGCGAUGUCGAGUGUAUUCCUAACGCUGAGCACGCUGUAGCCUACCGCCUAGCUGCAAACCACCCAUUAUUCCUUGUUAAGUACGGGAUUGCUUACGGAAGUGCUGAAGAAGGAUGUGUUUUGUAUUCUAACUAAAGCACUUGGCGAUGAAUCACUGACACCUGGAUUGAAUAUUUUCGCUUGUUUUAAUAAUAUUACCACAUGAUCAAAUUGCGAAAAUUAGUUUAGUGUCGCAUUUGACGCUGAAAACUUGUCUCCGGGGUCACAGGUCACCAGAUGUCGUUUCAAACCUCAAACAAGACUUCUGACACUUCGCCCGCGCAAGGUGUUAGGUUAUUUGGAUGCUCGUUGGUCUUAGUUCUCCGAUGAGAUCAUAAGCAAUAAUUUCGUAAGUGGUUUAUGCGAGUAGUAACCAAGGUAUCUUACGACAGGACUACAAAUCUGUAUCGCUUGCCCUCGGAUGAAUACCAACCGUUAUAUGAUUGCGACCAAAGCCUUAUGUAUACAGCACUCAGCCCUGCUGCCUCUCUGUUACGUGUUAGCCUGUACAAUUCUGUUAAAUCUGCUUCGUACCAAGCGAAGAUUUCAUCGAACCUUUCUUUCCCUUGGAUGUAUUAGGUAACUUAUGCAAUUGAUUUAGCUAGACUAUUUUUACUGAGAAAGUCCAUUCAAGUUGUCACUAAGAACUGAAGGAGAUGGAUCAAUCCAGUGAAUCACCAUGCGGCAUAUGCUUUAAGAAUUGUGCCGAAGGAAGCCACAGCAUUUUAUGCGAAAUAUGUGGAAACUGGUUCCACGGCACCUGCGAGAAAUUGAAAGAAGAAUCUAUCAUGGAACUUGGGAACCUCUCGCAAGCAUCGUAUAUAUGCAGAAAGUGCUCUUCGGAAGACGAUGGUUCAUUCGACUUCUUGACUGCACUCCAUCGCUUACGCAGAAGUGCCAAGAAGAAUUGGGGCAUUUUUUGUGCAUGUACAAUCAGGGAAAAGCAUAUCAUGCCAUAUUUCAUAAGUCAUGAAAAAGAUAUCACCAAGUACCAUACAUCCACUGAUCGUCACUCACUGGACAUAUUGCGAAAGCAUGGACUGGAGAAAGGCAAACGCCCACUUAAGACUACAGCAGAUGGUAAUUGUCUUUUCAACGCAGUGUCGUUGCUUCUGAAUGAUUCUGAAGAUAUGGCUAAUGAGCUUCGGACAAGAACUUGCAUCGAAAUGGUCAAUAAUGAAGACGAAUACAUUCAGUCUGAUAUGGGGAGAGUUGUUUGUCAUGUGUCCCCGGACUACCGCGAAGCCUGUGUCGACUGUACUCGUAUUGGUGCUUUUUCUUCAGCUUGGACAAUAAUGGCACUCUCUAACAUCAUUAAAAGACAAGUGAACAUGCUGUACCCCCUGUUAAUGGGACAAGGGACUUAUAUCCAAAGUUUCUCAGCAAUUGCAUCAAGCCUAGAGAAAGAGUUGGCGUAG